CGCCCCGAAGACUCAUACACUCCCACAUCAGCCCCUGGGGGAGAGAGAGCAGAGCCGAGGAGGCAGCACACGGAGAGCUGAAGGCUGCAGCUGCUGCACACUGACACACAACAGGAGAGAAGACAGAGUGUGUGUGUUAUGUUUUUGCCUCACACCAGUUUUCUCCUCGAGCUGUUGAUGAGGCAGGCUCCGUCCACUCCAUCUCAUCUCAGCCUGGGGUCCAGAGGCGGCCGGGGGGGUCGCAGUGAACGCCACUUCUUCAGCUCGUGUGACUUUAUUUUGCGACUUUUGAACACUGGAACUGUACUGUAAGCAUUAUGACUCUUCUGGGCUCUGAGCACUCCAUACUGAUACGAAGCAAGUUUAGAUCAGUCCUACAGUUAAGACUUCAGCAGAGGAGGACACGAGAGCAGCUGGCAGACCAAGGCAUCAUGCCUCACCCGGCCUCAGACGGCCCCCCUCUGGAGGCCCAGCUGAGGCUAAAGCGAGCCCGGCUCGCCCAGGACCUGAGCGAGAAGCUGGCUCUCAGGCCGGGGCCCCUGGAGCUGGUCCAAAAGAAUAUCAUGCCCCUAGACUCAGCCGACACAGAGACAGUGAACCACGGUAAGUUCCCGAAGCAGGACGACUCGUAUGCGUUCGAGGAGGACAGCAGCAGCGACGGUCUGUCUCCUGAGCAGCACCACAGUGACGAGUCGCAGGGCUCGGCCUGCCCUUCAUCAGAGGCUGUGGGCAGCACGCCCUCCUCCUCCUCCUCACCUGCCCUCACCAGCCCCCGACAGGGGGGGACAACCAGAGACCCACCUGAUCAAAGCCAGGAUGAAGGACUGUCUGGUGCCAACAACAGCCAGGCCACUCCCCCCAUACCUGUUCCUGCUAUCGUCAAGUCCAAGACGUCGGACAAGAACCGACACAAGAAACCCAAAGAUGUGAAGCCCAAAGUGAAGAAGCUCAAGUACCACCAGUACAUUCCUCCAGACCAGAAGGCGGAGAAAUCCCCUCCGCCCAUGGACUCGGCCUAUGCCCGACUGCUGCAGCAGCAGCAGCUGUUCCUGCAGCUGCAGAUCCUCAGCCAGCAGAAACACUCUCACACACACACGCAGACGCAGCCGUCGCAGCAGCACACACACACUCCGCAGACGCAGGCCCAGUCUCAGCAGAGACAGCCCGCCUUCAGCUACCAGCCUCACCCGCCGGCCCACGCCCAGAAAGGAUCCAGUGAGCAGAUAUCAGCCUGUGGCUCCUCUGGUCCGUCCAGCUCAGCCAACAGUAACUCCCCCUCUCCGGUCAAGAGUGCCUAUCCCAACCAGAGUAACAUCUCACCGGUCAAACCUGGGCCCCUCCCGGCCAAUCUGGAUGACCUAAAAGUGUCAGAGCUCAGGCAGCACCUGCGUAUCCGCGGCAUGCCUGUGUCAGGUACAAAGACCGCCCUCAUCGAGCGACUCCGGCCCUUUAAAGACUCCAACGCCGGCUCCUCGCCCUCAGGCUCCUCCGACAUCACCACAGUCACCUUCCCUGUCACACCCACAGGGUCCCUGUCCUCCUACCAGUCCCCGUCCUCCUCCAGCGCCCUGUCACAGGGAGGGUACUACCCUUACCCCAGCACCUCCUCCACCCCUCCCAUCUCUCCGGCCUCCUCGGAGCUGUCCCUCAGCGGCUCGCUCCCCGACAGCUUCAGCGACGUGCCCAUGUCCUCGCCCACGCAGUUCGCCCUGCAGCCGUCCCCGGCCCAGCUCAGCAUGGAGGACGGCGUGGUGGGAGGAGGGGGCAACCAGGGCGGCGGAGGACAGAUGGCGGGGGAGGGCGGAGGUAUGGAAGGGCUGGAGGCUGAAAAAGAUAAAAUGUUGGUGGAGAAGCAGAAGGUGAUCGAGGAGCUGACGUGGAAGCUGCACCAGGAGCAGAGACAGGUUGAAGAGCUGAAGAUGCAGCUCCACAAGAGGAAACGCUGCUAUGGAGCAACACAGGACACCGUCCCUCCCCCGUCUCACCCCCCGAUGCGCCACCAGCAGACUCCAGCUAUGAUGGGUCAGCACUUCUUUGGUGUGACCAUCAAGCAGGAGCCCAUGUCCCUGUCCUCCAGCUGCCCCUUGUCCUCUCCCAAGCAGCUCAAGAGCCCCCCUGGCAGCUGCAUGGAGGACAUGGGACACUGCAACACCUCUGUCUCCACCCUGGGGGGCCCCGUGGGGCCACAGUGCAUGGACGCGGCCCCUUCCUCCGGCAGCCCCUCCGCCAUGCCUGCGUUCCUCAGUCCUCAGUGCUCGCCACAAGACUCUCCCAACGGAAAGUCCUCCAGUAGUCCGCAGCCUUCGUCUCCUAACAACCCCUACCUGCUGUCACCUCCGCUGGGCAGGGACGGCUGCGGUCACCCCCACCCCCCGGGCAACAGCAGAGCACGCAGCAUGCAGCUCCAGCAGAAGAGUGGAGGUCAGCCUGUGAACUGCUCUUAUCCCUCUGACCAGAGAGGCCUUCAGGGAGUGUUUCCCAGCUCAGCCGACUGUGGCCUGAACCACGGCGGCUCGGCCAAAGCCGAGAACCAGAACAUGCAGCCGAAGAUGUCAGUAUUGCCCUCUCCUCGGCAUGUUGGCCAAAAGAGCCAGGUCUCUCCCCCCGCCUUCAGUAGCUCAGAUUCAGAUGCAUCUGACUUAAGACAGCCCCCAUGCUAUGAGGAUGCAGUGAAGCAGCAACUGACCAGAAGUCAGCAGAUGGAUGAACUGUUGGAUGUUCUCAUAGAGAGCGGAGAGAUGCCAGCUAACGCCAGAGAAGAGAGGGAGAGGUCCUCUGUAACCAAAGUUGUGCCUCACAUUACUGUGUCCCCAGGGUGUCCCGGCCUCCUUAUCCCGAGGUUCCACCGUCACUAUGAACAGCUGUACCCCACCCAGCCCCCUUACGACCACUCGGCCAAUCACAUCGCCGACGGCCACCUGGAGACUCUGCUGGGGAGUCCGAUUGGGCGGGGAGGGGAAGUGGCCCUUCUUAAAAUGGCUACCGAGGAUGGGGGCCUGGAAGACGAAGGGAACAGAGAGGGCGAAGGGUACGGCAGCCCCCACAGCCACCACCGCCAUCCUCACCAUCCGCCGCAGGACAAACUUGUGACCAGCAGAGAUCAGAUGGACACCCCGCUGUCGCCCAUCAGUGCCAAGGCGUCCACCUUCCCCGAGGUGCAGGGGAUGGUCAGCAUGACGUUCAGCGAGACACCGUGGGAGACGAUGGAGUGGCUGGACCUGAUGCCGCCCAGCUCCGCCACGGCCUUCAGCGUGGCUCCGCCCACUGGCCCCAGCAUCUUCAACACAGAGUUCCUGGAUAUAACAGACAUUAACUUGAACUCUGCUAUGGACCUGCACCUGGAGCACUGGUGAAAGCAGCAUCACCACAAGUGCCAUCCACCGUCACACACCAGCUUUAAAAGCGGACCGCUGAUAUCAGCUCCGCCCACAACCAAAGACCAAUCGAAUUCUUCCUUCAACAGCUUCAGUCCAAGUAACAUUUCCUUCCUGUUAUAAUCCAGUGGGACAUCUGAGGUUUAUUAUAUUUUGACUUAUUUUCUCCACAUGAGUUUCUCAUGUCGUCGUCACCAGAAUCCAAAGACAAGGUGCUUCUUGACGCCAUCGCACAACCGCCACACGAGUAUGAACAUGGGCGCAUGAAGGAUUUUCUACACAAUGGAAGGACGUGAUUACUGUGCUUUACACCUUAUGCAACAUCAGUGUUAUGCCACCUAGACUUGAAGACACAUUUUGACAAUCAUUGUAAACUUUCUGAGUCUAUGUUUGUAUUACUGGAAAAAAAAAAAAAA